GCUCUGUCUUCCCACUGCAGCCGCCCGAAGAAAAAAAAAGGGGAACCCAGCCAUGCUUGAGAAACUAGUGAGAAAGCUUGGAUUUCUCCUUCUUUCCUUGCUUUACAACACAUGUAGAACCCAGAAAAUCUUCCCCCCUGCAGGAAGCUUCUGGAUCUGCUCUGCUCUUCCCUCUACUGUCCGCCGGUUGCUCUUGUUUGUGGGGGCGAAUUGCUCCGAUUUUUGAUUGCGUGAUUCUUCCCUGCAAUUGCCGCCGGCCUCUUCUCCCCUUGCAGCUCUGGUUUCUACAGCUGGAGAAUUAUGGUUCCCGAUCGUUCUGUCAGUUAGUGCGUGAAUUGCGUGCUCGAUUUUAUGCAAGUGAGGAAGUGAAACCGAGGACAAGGAAACUACGGGAAGUGAUGAGUUAGAAGGCUAGCCAUAUUGUAAUUGAACAUAGAUUUUAAAGAUUUGAUCUUCAGAUUUUGUGGUAUCAGAUUGUGAUAUGAUAAGUUCCGAGCCUUAUGCAUUUGUGGGACCCUCUCACGAGUGCACGGCGUCUGCCACGUCCCCGGAUUUGGGUUCUGGGGCGUGACAGCAAUUGUCCAUAUUUAUUUACUAUAUAGGGCAAUUGUCCAUAUUUAGUUACUGUUAGAGUAUUCUUGAAUCAGUGUUGAGAUUGAAAACCAACCAUGGAGCUGUAUUAUACACUACUGGAAAACUAGGCAUAAAUGACAAGAACAUAUUCAACAGCAAAUUGGCUGUCGAAUAUGCUUGAUUGUCGAUUAUAAUCAAUUUUUUGGUUCUUAUUUGACAACAUUCAUAUUUGACAAAAGGGUUGUCGAAUAUGUACCCAUAUUCGAUAGAAAUUCUUCUGUCGAAUAUGUAUAAUCAACAGCAUUUGGCUACUGAUUAUGUUUUCACGUAUUCGAUCGCAAUGCGGUCAAAUAUGUAGGAAAUGAUGACAUUUUCUCUAGUACAUUUGACAGUAAUGUUGUCAAAUAUACCCACUGAUAACCCCUCCGACUCCCUUUUCUUUCCCCAUUUCUUCUUCUUCCUCUGUGGCGAUCUGGUUUGUUGUUCUCUAUCAUUGUUCUUGCUGUUGCCACCGGUAUUCUUGCUUCUUCCUGUCGAGCCCCAUGCUGUCGGAAUAUCCCAUUGGUGAUGUUAACGAUCCGUACCUUUCGGUCCAAGAUCCAUCGCCUCUAAGCCACCAUGCGCCUCCAUCGUGCCUUUUGUCAAAACCCAGCUUUUACCACCUUCAUUGCCUCCACAGUAUUACCAUCCCUAUUGGCAGAGGUAAUUGAGAUUUUUGUGGUUUUUUUAUACAAAAUUAUAUUGUCUUAUUUGUAGAUUAGUUUAGAUUAUUACUAUUAUUGCAUGAAUUGUCAGUAAAUUGCUGUUAUUUCU